AUGAACGCGCUGCAUUCCCCUGCGCUGGGCUCUUCACCCCGCACCCGGGGCGGUCAAGACGAGCCCGCCAAGCCGGAGACUCACCGAACACCGGAAGCAGCGCGCUUCUUACCUUCCUCCUCCUCCUUCUCCUCCUCCACCUCGGCGGCGCGGCAGCGGCGGCGCAGAGGCGGCGGCGACGGCGGCGGGACUAGGGCGCCGGUGCCCCGGAGCCCGGCACGGGCGUGGGGCUCAGUGGCGCGGGGCGGCGGGGCGGCCGGAGGUUGGCGGGGCGGCAGCAGCUGGCCCGGGACGCGCGGAGCUGGCGCGCAGGCAGCGGGCUGCGGGCAGACUGGCAGCGGCGCGCGCGGGCUCCUCGGGCGGGCUCCAUGGCUGCGCCGCGGGCGGCACCAUCUCCGUGGCUCGCUCGUCGCUCUCUCGCUCCAGGAGUGCGGCAGGCUGCGAGGGAUGCCCUCCCUGCAGCUCCCCUCCUGGUCACCACCGCCAACAUCCUCACGCACCUUGAGUUUCAGGCUCAGGUUCCUGCUCCCACCGCCUCGCCCCAGCACUGGAGCAUUAGCAGCUUGGAACCCUGGUCCAGCCAGGGAGCCCACCUCUGUGAGAGAGCAGUCUGCCAGCUGGCAGAGGUCUGCUUGGUUUGGGUGAGAAGGGAAGGAGGUUGAGGUGUGUGUGCGUGCGUGUGUGCGUGUGUGUAUGUGUGUGUGCCCCCCCCCCGCGGGCCUGUGUGUGUGUGUUCACCAGCAGAUGGAGGGAGGGUCUGGACGGACGGACACACACACACACACACACACACACACACACACACACACACACACACUAUAUGCACACACUCUGAAGGAGAGCAGCGAGGCAGGCACAGCACAGUGCCUGAUGAAUGAUCUCAGGGCAUUUUUUAAGAGACAUGCUGUGAAUACUAAAUGUACAGCAAUGGAGAUUCUAAAGAGAGCUCUUGAUAUCCCAGUGGGCACCAGCCCCUUUAGAGGAGUUUUAAGGACCAAGAAAAAAAGCUACUCUCCCUUUUUCUUAAAAGGCAGUAGCAGUGGGGACCCACAGAAACCGAGAAGCUGGACAGUGUCUGAGACAGUGGGUGAAAUUGAUGCCAGAGAAGACAGAUGCAAUGGAGUUUAAGACCCUCUGGUGAUGCCAAAGCCACCAUGUAAAUUUGUAAAUUUCCAAGCAUCGGAGGCACCUGGGAGAGACAGUUAACAUUGACCCUUCUGGGCCUCAGGAGUUCUAAGGUGAAAAAUGAAUUCUCCAUUCCCGUGUUCCUAGAUUCUGGAAGGGAGGCUAUUUGAUAAACCAGGGCCCAUUUCAGUUGGAAUCUUUUCCUCUCCUCUAGUUUUACUGAAGCACCUGAGAGAAAAGGGUGCGGAGACACAAGCAACUGUUGUUUAAGAGGAUAUUCUUGUAGCUGGUAUGGGAUACCCAUGGUAUAGAGGAGAGUUCUGGGCUUGAGCAUGGGGAGCUGUGGCUCCCUGCAGCUGCGAUCAGCAGUAGAGUAGCUGACUAGCAGAUUUGGCCAUCUUUCUACUGAGUACACUUUUUUGCUAUCUUCCUGGCAGUUCCUACCUUGAAAGAAAGCAUGGAAAUUCCCUGCAUCUGGAGGCCUGUGUGUGUGUGUGUGUGUGUGUGUGUGUGUGUGUGUGUGUGUGCCUGGGCUGGGAAAACAAGCUGAUGGAAUUAUCAAAGGCAGAUGAUGAGAGAAAGUGAAAACAUUCGGGGAGAAAAGCACAUCACAUUGCUGGCAGAUGCAAGGCAGACUCUCAAACAAGAAGAUGCUCUCAGGGACACUACAUGCACACACAGGGACACAUACAGAGUCACACAUGGAGCACAGACAUGCUGAGUAGUGCAUACUUACACACACACACACAUCUAGUUUGAGAAGGAUGUAGUUAGAGAAGCAGGAAAGAGCUGGCCUCCUGUCUCCAGGGGCUAUGGAAAGAGCAGGACCAGCUUUCCAUAAUGAACAAAUAAUACUUGCAGUCAGACAGGGCCUGGCUACUUUCCUUCAGGGUAGUUUUUCAAGUGAUGGAAUCCCCAUAUAAGGUCCCCUGAUUCUCAUCCAGUCCAAUCUUUGCUAUCAAUAACAGAUAUCCCAAGUUGGCGUUUAUCUGUCCUUACAACGAAACUCACUGGUUAGUAGUAACUACAUCAAAUGCAUUUUCUGAUUCUGAUCAAGCCCUCUUUUGCUGCGUACUUGGCUCACUCAAAGCAUAUGCUUAAGCUCCAGUCAAUCUGUUGUGUGGUAAAUAAAAGUCAAGAAGGAGUGGGGAAGAGAGGAGAGAACUGGGGGUGAGACGGUGUCAACAGAUAAUGCAUGUGCAAAGGCUUCUGAGUGACCACUGAGGCACUGACUGGUUAGGAUAAUGAUUAAACAUUUAAUGUUUGGAAUCAGUUUACAGUCCUGUGACCUAAAGUAGGUCUUCUAACUUCUCUGACUAAGCCUUACCUGUGGGAUGAAAAGGAACUUGCUCGUGCAGUUGAAGUGUUCAAUGAUAUAACGGAUGCUGUACAUGGUUAUCUCCACCUACACGAUUCUCCACCUACUAGUCCAGUGGAGAAUCGUGUAGGUGGUGUCUUUGUUUUUGUUGUUUGAGAAGUUGUGUGUAUUCCUCUUACCCAAUAGAGAGGAGGGGGUGCAAGGGGUGGGGUACAGAGAAGGAAGGGUGAAGGUUCAACACUCUCAACCCUGUGCCCAAUGCAGCAAAAAUAAACACUAGUAUGUCUAACUGGGGACCUUGAUUUAGUCACAUUAUAAAAUUUGAUGAGGAGGGGGAAAUACUUUAGUGUUUUCAGAUAACACGACAAGCAGAUGACAAAAAUGACCCCACUGUAAGUCUAUUUCCAAUUGAAAUCAAUACAUUUAGAUGAAGUUAGUGAGUGACACUAUUUUUCAAGAGGGAGAUAGAGGCAGCCCAACUUCAUUGGCACCUUGGUCUGUAAUCAGUAUUUAACAAGCAAGGAACCAAUUCACCUAUAACUGAGAACCCAAGAACAAAUGGACAGAGUCUCUUGGCUGCCAGUAAUAAUAGCAUAGUGACUACCAGUUACUGGCUCAUUGCUACUAAAAUCUGUGUGCUUUGCUAAUAUUCUUAGGAAAGGGAUAGUGACUCUUCAUCUCAGGAAUAUAAUUAGCUCCAUUCUCCUAAUAGAACCCCCAUCUCAUCCAGCACUUCUAUGCAUUAAUCAAUUUCAUAAUCACUAACACCCUUUGAGUGGGCAGCAUCAUUAUUCCAUUAAUUUUAUGGAAGAAUGAGGAGGAGGAAGAGGAAGAGGAAGAAGAAGAAGAAGAAGAAGAAGAAGAAGAAGAAGAAGAAGAAGA